AUGGCUUCCGCAGCGAACCACCCCUACGCCUUUCCGGACGUACCUCCUUCUCACUCCGCUGGCGGUCAUGAGAUGCGGGACUACUACGCCCCCCAGGACGCACCGCGACCUGUCACAAACCAAGCACCAUACCUCACACCAUACCUCGGCCUUCGAGCUAGGCUCUCGCAGGUCUGGAUCAACCGCUGGACCAUCCUCCUUCUCCUCGUGCUCGUGCGCGUCCUCAUCGCCACCGCCAACCUCAACGACAACCUGGGCUCGGCCCGCACCGAGGCCCUUUCCGCGUGUACCAGUGUCGAGUCUGUCGGUAGUGCCAUGGCCUCCAUGCCCCACUACAUGUCAAGAGGCGUCAACGAGCUCGCUGCCUCCGGUAUUGAGAAGACGGUCAGCGGCCUGAUGUCCCUGCUCGACCUCAUCGUCACCGGUGUGGAAGAGAUGGUCGUUUUCUACAUCGGCCUGCUGACCUCGACCUACCUGUGUCUCAUUACCCUGGCCGUCCGCGGCAGUCUCCACACAGUCAUCGAGGCUGCCGAGUUCAUUGGUGACGGCCUGAACAAGACACUGGACGCCGUCGGAGACGACAUUGCCAACGUUGCCGACAGUUUCCAGGACGAAGUCAACAAGCUCAUCGACGGCAUCAACAGCAUUCCCCAGAUCUUUGGCGGCGACGGAAUGGACAAGCUCAACUUGACCUCGCAGAUCGACGAGCUCAAGGAUCUCCAGCUGCCAUCUGGCUACGACCAAGGCCUGGAGAAACUGAACAGCUCGAUUCCCACCUUCGAUCAGGUCAAGAACCUCACUGAUAGUGCCAUUCGCCUCCCCUUUGAGCUGGUGAAGCAGCUCAUCAACGAGAAGACCGGGAACUACACAUUCAACAACUCCAUGUUCCCGGUACCUGCCAAGGAAAAGCUCACCUUCUGCUCCGACAGCAAUGGCAUCAACGACUUCUUCGAUGGCCUCGUUGAGACCGAGGUUGUCGCCAGGCGAGCUUUUAUUGGCGUCAUCAUCGCGCUUGCCGUUCUCGUUUGUGCGCCCGUGGCCUGGCGAGAGAUCAAGCGCUGGCAGACGAUGCAGAGACGUGCUCAACUUGUCAGCCAGAGCGCCCACGAUCCGCUUGAUGUCGUCUACAUCGCCUCCAGGCCGUACUCGUCAUCCAUCGGCAUCUGGCUUGCCAACCGCUUCGGCUCAACUCGCCGCCAAACCGCCGUGCGUUGGGCUGUCGCCUAUGCCACUUCGACUCCCGCACUGUUGGUUCUUUGCUUGGGACUCGCAGGCCUCUUUGCCUGCCUUUGCCAAUACAUCCUCCUCAAGACCAUUGAGAAGGAGGUCCCAGAGUUGACCCAACAGGUCGGCGCCUUUGCCGACAAAGUCGUCUUUGCCCUGAACAACGCCUCGGAGUCGUGGGCCAAUGGCACCAACGAAGCUAUUGGAACCUUCAACACGGAUCUCAACGACGACCUGUUCAGCUGGGUCAACACCAGCACGCAGGCCGUCAACGAUACCCUGAACGUGUUUGUUGACGAAAUGAGCGACGCUCUCAACGCGACCUUUGGUGGUACCAUCCUCUACGAGCCCAUCAAGGAUGUUCUGAAUUGCCUCGUUGUCAUGAAGAUCGAGGGAAUCCAGAAAGGGCUCACCUGGGUCCACGACAAUGCCCAUGUUGAUUUGCCGACGUUGAGCAAUGACACAUUUUCCCUUGGUGCCGCCGCCUCACUGUCGGGUGACUCUUCCGAUGACUCGUUCCUCGCGUCUCCCGGCAGUGAAAGCGCGGACAAGGUAUCGGAUGCCAUUGUCAAACUCGUCAACAAGCUCAAGGAAGGCGUACGCAUCGAGGCCAUCAUUUCCACCUGCAUCGUCUUGAUAUGGGUCACUGUUCUCAUUAUUGGAAUCGUCCGGGCGCUCAUGGUAUUCUCCGGCAGCGGUAAAACGCGUGCUGAAGGCGGUCAGCGUUACGUUUCGGACCCCGAAACCGACCGCUAUCGCGGCCACGACGCACCUAUUCACGUGGCCUCGCCGCCUCGCCCGAGUGAUGCCGCGCCCCCGUAUGAGUACGUCAACAAAGCGGCGCCCUACACCAUCGUUCCGCGACCUUUUCCGAACUUCAACCAGCAGCAACAGCAGCACGACAACUUCUCUGAAGUGCCAAUGAACAACGAAAAGGUCGGAGACGUGGGUGCGUCCCACCCUGUGGGGCUUGCUGUGUCGCGGCCCGCACAGGAGCGCACGAGUAAGGUUGGCAGCAUCGAGGAGACGACGCCAACCAACGAGAAGUCCGGCGGCGGCAGAAGCUGGAAUCCAUUCACUUGA